CUUGUUAUAGGAUUAUUUUCCUGAGCGCCAGUCAUGGCUCAUUUUGGGUCGUGACAGUUGGUUUUUCCGGUGUUCUACGGUGUAAGUGCUUCUGAUGUUCGACGUCAGACUGGAGAUUACGAAAAGGCAAUGGCUAAGCAUCAAAGUAGGAAUGACCACCACGUCGUGCAGAAAUGGAGAGAAGCUCUUAGCAAGCAGCCUAACUUGUCCGGCAGCAGUUUCAAAUUUCGGCAGGUAAUUUUGUAUGCAAUGGAAUAGGAGGCCUCAAAUGACAAGAACAUGACACCAAAAUCAUGGAGUUACAUGUCAUGCGAACCGUGGGAUCCAAGACAGGAAUCGCUUCCACUGGAUUCAUUGGAUCCAAUGCUAUGGGAAUCAUGGGGUCCAGUGACACAGCCACAGGGAUCAUGGAAUCCAUCAGUGGCACGAGAAUCAUGGAAUUCAAUUGAUUGUGAAGGGACAGAUCCAUCAAACCAAUUAGUUUCAACUAAGGAAAUCACCAUGAAUCAUAGAACUGCCAAGUGGAAACUGUGGUUAUGUGGUUUAUUUUCUUCGUCUAUGUCUUCUUCCUCCUCUUCUUUGAGGGAAAGGCUUCUAUAACCAUCAAGGCUUAGAGGGUAAGUUGGAUCUUUAUAUUAAUAUUGUGCAAAGAUUGAAAUUUAAAGCCCAGGUUUGCUAAAUUUCUAAACACAUACAUAUAUAGUUCUGUUUCUUAUGAGGCCACAGUAGCUGGUAAACAUUUUCCUCAGCUGCUAAGCUGAAGUUUCUGAUAAAAAGAAAAUGAAUGAAUACUUAUAAGUUGCAAUAUUUGCAAGCUUUUAUCUAAUUGGUGAUUUAUCUUUUGUCCAAGAAAGUAAUGACAAUUUUAAUGUAUAUCAUAAAGUUUAAUGUAUAUUUAUUUUAAUGUACAUCAUAAAAUUUUAAUGUAUGUUUAUUUUAUUAUGUGCCUGCCGUAUGAUUAUUGCAUAUGACCAUUUCUUUAUUAAAAAAAAUGAUAAUUAGGAAUUGGAUCAAUGAUAAAUUGGGAAGCUGAUCUGCUGUUGCUGCAUGCUCAUAAUAAGGAAGACUGUAUAAUGAUGAAAAGUAUUUUAAGAAAAAAUCAUGUACACCAAAUCCCUCUACAUCACUGAUAGGUAUAUGCUUAAAAAAGGGUAAAUAGAAAGGGAGGAGUAAACUAAUAUAUCCAUCAUUGUCUAAGACGUUGGUAUUAUAUUAGAGCAACCCUAUCUUCCUAACUACUAUGGCAAAAGAAUAAGGACUUGAUGACAAAGGAUGAGUCAUCAGCAUUUUAACUAAUAUAUCCGAUCAGUGUCUAAUAAAAAAUGUGAAGUAAAGCAAGUUGUAAAAAUAAGACUUGGUUUUUUGUUUUUGCAAGAAGGUUUAUACUCAUAACAUGAAAAGGAUUAAAAAAAUAGUCAAGAUGGGCGUGCUUGACGUUAGUAUUGUAUUAGAGCAACCCUAUCUUCCAACUACUAUGGCAAAAGAAUAAGAACUUGAUGACAAAGGAUGAGUCAUCAGCAUUUUACUUUGUUGCCUAUUCCAUCACAGUUUUCUUCUUCCUUUUAAUUUUGGCAAUGUUAGUUUUGAUGUUGGCAUAAAUACCAGUCCCUUAGCCAUUACAUAGUUUGUAUGAGUGAUCAUUAUUAAGCCUUUUAGUAUCAUCAUGUCAACGCCACCACUCACCUCUUCAUCUUCCUUUAGCUAUGCAUUCACGUAUGAUGUGUUUAUUAGUUUUAGAGGCACUGAUACUCGCUACGGUUUCACUAACAAUCUCUACCAAGCUCUACAUAGAAAGGGAAUCCACACCUUCUUUGAUGAUGAAGAGCUUCGGAAAGGAGAGGUGAUCACACCCUCACUUCUCAAGGCAAUUGAAGGAUCUAGAAUUGCUAUUGUUGUGUUCUCCAAGAACUAUGCAUCUUCUUCCUUUUGCUUAGUCGAACUUGCCAAGAUCAUGGAGUGCGUUAAGGGGAAGGGCCGGUGGGUCUUUCCGGUCUUUUAUGAUGUUGAUCCAAGUGACGUGAGACACCAAAAAGGAAGCUAUGGAGAAGCGUUCACUAAGCAUGAGGAGAGGUUCAAAGACGACACGGAGAAAGUGCAGAAAUGGAGGAAAGCUCUUCAUCAAGCGGCUAACCUGUCCGGCAAUGAUUUCAAACUUCAGAGUGAAUAUGAACAUGCUUUUAUUGAGGCAAUCGUGAAGGAGAUCUUAAACAGGGUCUGUCGUGUUCCUUUGCAUGUUGCUAAUUAUCCUGUUGGACUGGAAUCUCGAGUACUAAAAGUAAACAAGCAUCUAAAUCGUGAAUCCAAUAGAGGAGCCCAGAUGGUAGGAAUAUAUGGAGCUGGUGGAAUCGGUAAAACAACUCUUGCUAAAGCAGUUUAUAACUUUAUCGCUGACCAAUUUGAAGGUUUGUGUUUUCUCGAAAAUGUGAGAGAAAAUUCAAUUAAACAUGGUUUAGUAUAUCUCCAGGAGCGGCUUCUUUGUAAAAUUCUUGGAGAGAAAGAUAUACAGCUAGCAAGUUUAGGUGAAGGAAUUUCAUUAAUAAAGCAAAGGUUCAAGAGCAAGAAGAUUCUCUUGGUUCUUGAUGAUGUUGAAAAACUUGAGCAAUUGCAGGCAAUUGCUGGAAGGCCCGAUUGGUUUGGUUCUGGCAGCGUAAUCAUCAUAACAACUCGGGACAAACAUUUGUUGGCAAGUCAUAUGGUUGAGAAAACAUACCAAGUGAAGGAAUUUGAUAAAAAAGAAGCACUUGAGUUGCUUAGGUGGAAUGCUUUCAAAUGUGAAAAUGUUGAUCCAUGUUAUAUGGACAUUUUAAAUAAGGUAGUGUCUUAUGCUUCUGGCCUUCCAUUGGCUCUGGAGGUAAUAGGUUCGAAUUUGUAUGGAAGGAGUGUAGAAGAAUGGAUAUCUGCAUUAGAUGAGUAUAAAAAAAUUCCUAAUAAAGACAUCCAAAAGAUACUUAAAGUAAGUUUUGAUGCUUUAGAGGAAUAUCAUCAGAAACUUUUUCUUGACAUUGCUUGUUGCUUCAAAGAAUAUAGUUUGGAAGAUCUUGAAAAUACACUUCAUGCUCUUCAUGAUGUUAGCCCAAAACUUGGUAUUCGUGUGUUGGCUGAAAGAUCUCUAAUAAAGGUUCACGGUUGUGGUGUGACACAACAUGACUUGAUUCAAGAUAUGGGUAGAGAAAUUGUUCGUCAAGAAUCACCAAAAAAUCCUGGUAAACGAAGUCGGUUAUGGCUUUGUGAAGAUGUUAUACAAGUUUUACAAGAGAACAUUGGAACCGAUGAAAUCGAAGUCAUAGUUCUAGAAGCUCCCAUGUCUAGAGUAAUAGAAUGGGAUGGAAAGGCCUUCAAAAAGAUGGGAAACCUCAAAGCACUUAUUAUUAAAAGUGGCAAUCUUUUCAAUGGUCCGGAUCAUCUUCCAAAUAGUUUAAGAGUGUUGGAAUGGCAUGGAUAUCCUUCACAUUCUUUACCAGCUGAUUUUCAUCCAAAGAAGCUUUUCAUACUCAAGUUGCCCCACAAUUGCGUUACCCCACUGCCGUUAGUUAAGCUAUUAAAGGAGUUUGUGGAUAUGAGUGUUUUGGAUUUUAGUAGGAAUGAUUGGAUAACACAUAUACCCGAUGUUUCAAGUGCCCCAAAUUUAAAAGAAUUACGCUUUGCAGGUUGUGAGAAUUUAGUUAGAAUUGAUCAGUCAGUUGGAUUUUUGGGUAAACUUAGUAAGUUAAAUGUUAACGGUUGUACAAAGCUUCGGAGUCUUCCUUCCCUUAUGUUACCUUCUCUUGGCUACCUCUUUCUUAGAGAUUGUCUUAGUCUUGAGAGUUUUCCUGAAAUAUUGGGAAAAAUGGAAAAUAUGACAUAUCUUGAAUUGUUUAAUACUCCCAUAAAAAAAUUGCCAUAUUCCAUUUGUAAUCUUCCUCGACUUGAGCUUUUGAAACUGGAAUUUGGUGAAACUAUUAUAUUACCAAGUAGCAUUUUCAUGUUGCAAGAACUCCAGUUUUUGUACCUUCGGAGCCAUACGGUGUUACUACCUAAUGAAGAAGAAGGUGCAGGGCAAGGGAGUUCAGUAUCGUGUUCAACCACAACACAUCUUGAUUUGUCUUUAUGCAAUCUGUCAGAUAAAUUGCUCGAAAUAUUUCUUGCUCGGUUUCCCAAUUUAAAACAUUUAGAUUUGUCAGACAGUAAUGUCAGAAUUCUUCCAGCAUGCAUAAAAAAUUGUCACCUUCUGAUGUUUCUUCGUCUUUGGGGCUGCAAGAAUCUUCAAGAGAUUAGAGGGAUUCCACCCAACAUACAAUCUUUAAAUGCAUCUUUCACCACAUCGUUAAAUUGUUCGAGUAGAAGGAUAUUAUUGAAUAAGAAACUGCAUGAAGAGGUUGGACAGAAGAGAUUUAUUUUGCCGGGAACAAGUAUUCCAAGUUGGUUUGAGAAACGGAGAAGUGGACAACCAAUUUCUUUCCGGUUUCGUAAUAAGUUCCCCUCCAUAUCUCUCUGUUUUCUUUUGAAGGAGUCUAAUAAUGAACGUUCUAUUAGCCCUCGUUUGGAAUUGAUCAUCAAUGGAAAUCACAAUGAGCGGCACAUAUUUCAUGAUAGAAGUUGCAUGGGUUCUCCUGGUCAUAUACGGAUUUAUGAUUUAGAAGAUACUACGGGUUUACAGUUUAAACAAAAUGAAUGGAAUCAAGCGCUGGUCUCUGUUUCAGAAUUUGUUGGUAGGUAUGAUGCAAGGGAAGUGAGGGCAGAGGAGUGGAGCAGCAUAGAGAUUGGAGUGCAUAUAAUCAAAGAGAGAAGUAACAUGGAUGAUAUCCAAUUCACUCAUCCACUUUUGGACAAAGAUCAUCAUAAAGCACUGCACAUGAGGGAUUCAAACAAGCACCAUGUGCAUGAGCAACGAGUCAGACAUCUGGGAUUUUCACUUCCAGCUUCACCAUACAGCGAUAUUUUCAAAUGGGAUCCAUUUGACUAUAUUCCUUUUGUAGGAGGAACAGUUAUCCUGAUGCCAGAGACAUCUAAAUUUCAGCAUCUGAAACUCGAAAAGGCUCCAGGUGAAUCUUCUAAUACUAAAUCUUCUGGCAAGGGCAAGGCUGGAGUAGAAGAAGUACAUCCAGUUUCCACUUGCAUUGCAUCCUCAACCUCAUCAAUUGAUAAAUAUUUGAACGAUGAAAAUCAAACGAUUGUUGAUGAUGAUGAUGAAAUGGAUUCAUUUUAUGCUUCUCUUGAUGUUGCUCACAUCCCAAUGCUUUCUCAUUCCCAUGAGAAGUUGGUUACCGCUACUCCAAGUGAUGAAGAAACCAGAAAAGCAUUGAGAUCUGUACAAAGAUUCCUCUCCCAGGAUGCUUCAAUUUUGUUGUAUCCUGAAUUAUGCAGUAUCUUUAAAGCCAACCUAGAUUACCUCUCUAAAUUAUCUGCAGAUCAUGGCAGCAUAUCAACAGAAAUGAGCAAAGCAAUAUCAGAGGCUUCACAGUCUUUGACUCAUUGGAGUAGGGACUACAGUGAAGCAAGUAAGAAAAUUGAUUCUAUAAUGUCUCAUUUGCAGAGAGCUGAUGAAUUGGAAAUGAAUCUGGAAAGUAACAAAAAAAGGUUUUUGGAAGAAACUGAGCAACUCAAUGCCAUUAAAGCUAAUAUGUCUGAUUCUCAAUCCAAAGCAAGCAUCUCUCGUAAGAGAAAGAGAGAGAUUUUUGAGCAAGGAAAGACAAUUAAAGCUGAAUUGGAUGAAUUAAGGGAGAAUGUGCCACAAUGGGAACAAGAGCACACUUUGGCAAAGAAGACUCAGGCAAAAAUCAUAGCUGAAUGGUCAAGACUGCGAGAAAAUUUUCAGAAUAUUGAAAAAGACUGGAAUUUAUAAGUUCUGAUCAUAAAUGAUACAUUUAAUAUCCAUUGUUCUGUACAUAUGAAUCUAAAUGAUUUUCAGUUAAAAUGGAUGUUGCAUUAAGUCCCAUAAUUGUACUCCGUAUGUAUGGUUCUUUUGUUUGAGAGAUUUUGGUGGUUAACAGAGAAAGUGUGUAUUGGACAAUGAUGUAAGGUUGAUUAAAAUUGUAGAAUUGUGCAUUUCUCAUUUAUGGAUUGGUAACAUUUGAGGGUGGCCAGCUAUUAACAGCAA